AUGGAAAAUGUUGAAUUUCCCACUCCACUUUCUCGUAUAUAUUAUAGUGUUGCGCUGAAAGAUAAUCUUAUAUUUUAUAUUGGCGAGGAAGGUGAAAUUAUUGUUUAUGAUUUAAAUGAGACGACUCGUGGCGAUUCAAUUGCAGCUCGUUAUAGACAUUCAGCUGUUUUAACACGAUAUGGACUCAUUGUUAUUUAUGGCGGGUUAGGAGUCAAUAACAAUCAGCCACAACCUAAU